UUGCAUUUCACAGUGAGAAAUUCUGAAUGUUUUUGUGCAGAUGAGAUGAGUAAAUUUAGUCACAUUUAGUCUACAGUAACAUCAUUUUACAUGGUGCACACAACGCCUCUGCAUUUACUCCCGAUUUCUCUCAAGCCGGGGACAGGAAACUUGUUAGUCAAUAAUGAGAAAACGAAGUAACUUGACUCAGAUAUUUUCUUGUUAAUUCAAAAGUAAUGAGUUACUUUACUAGUUAUUGAAAAAAAAAAAAGAAAGAAAAAAGAAAGUAAUCUGAUUACUUGCAUUACUUGUAAUGCGUUACCUCCAACGCUGGUCUUCACAGGGCCAUUAGAGCCUGUCAAUACAAAAAGACUACUUUAAUAAGUACUUUAAAGUAAUACUUUUAUAACCAAAUAAUAUUACACUAUAUUAAACCUUAAUUAUUAAAUGUAAUAUUCAUUUAAGAAAUGCCUUUUUAAGAAAGUUCUCUAUGUUUAUAUAUCUGUCCACCGACGUCUUGGGUUUACAGUGGUAAAAUAAACAGAAACCGUAUCACAUCAUCUCUGGCUCGGUGUUUUGGCCGGUUCUUCUAAACUAUAGCCUACAUGUUUCCUGUUCGCUCCUUACAGUAUCGCAGCCCUGCAACGCGUCAUGACGUCACUGCGGUGUCAUUUUUAUUUACACGAGACUCCAGCUGUUACAUUGACUCGGCAAACAGAGCCGAUGUGUGUGUCCGUGGGUGUGUGUCAUCGCCACGUGAUCCGGCUCGCCAAUGUCCUUCUACAACCCACUCAGCAUCAUGGCUGCGGAUGCUGCGGAUGCUCUCCUCCCGCACCGCAUCCCCGGACCAUGCCUCCUGCCCCUGCUCCUCCUGAUCGCCUCCGCUUUCCCCACACCGAGCCACGGGCUGUUGGGCUUCCGACCGGAGGACACGGGAGGAGAUCUGUCCGUGCAGGACGGGCUGUUGAAGGCCACCGAAGGGACGCGGUUCAUGUUACGCGUGUACUAUGCAGCAUCCCCGCAGAGGCUCAACCGGACAGUCAGCAGCACCGGCGGCACAGCCGCGCCGUGGAUCGCUUUCAUAGAAGAACCAGAGCCGGGCAGAGAGGGGCAGGUGCAUCCCAAACGCAACUUGUGCGUGGAGGAGAGCGCCAGGAGCUCGGAUAUAGAGCUUCUCGGAUCUUUCAAGUCAGCCUCCAGCCAGAACUCCAUCCUGGUGGAACUGCUCGCCAAAGACCUGCGGAGAGGAGAGAACAUCAAGUAUUACUCCAUGUGCGCCUUUGACGGGAUCAAAUGGGAGCACUACCGGACGCGCGACUUCUGGCUGGCGGUGGUGGAGCGGCCGCCGCAUACGGACGGGUGGCUGCAGGCGGGUCUGUCGGUGCUGCUUCUGGCGCUUUCUGCACUCUUCAGCGGGCUUGUCAUCAGCAUGCUGGCGCUUGACCCAGUGGAGCUCAAAGUGCUGCAGAACAGCGGGACGGACAAGGAGCAAAAGUACGCGCACAAGAUCGAGUCGGUGCGCAAACACGGCAACUACGUCCUGUGCACCUUAGUGCUGUGCAACGUGCUCACCAACACUUUCCUCGUGGUCUGGAUGUGUCAGAUCCUCGGAGUGACGCCCGUCUCCACUGCGGCUUGCACUUUUCUCAUCUUCUUCAUCGGAGAGAUCCUGCCGCACUCCGUUGCGUCCAGACACGGGCUGGCUAUCGCGUCCAAGACGGUUUGGCUGACCAAGAUGCUGAUGCUGCUGACUUUCCCCAUCACAUAUCCCAUCAGCAAACUCCUAGACAAUAUGCUGCACCAAGAAAUCAGCAACUUUUACACCCGUGAGAAGUUACUGGCAAUGUUGAGAGUGACCGACCCGUAUCAUGACCUGGUGAAAGAGGAGCUGAAUAUCAUCCAGGGAGCUCUGGAACUAAGGAGCAAAACGGUGGAAGAUGUGCUAACCCCUCUCAAUGACUGCUUCAUGCUGGCCUCGGAUGCCAUCCUGGACUUCUACACCAUGUCAGACGUGAUGCAGAGCGGAUAUACUCGCAUUCCUGUGUUUGAAAAUGAACGAUCUAAUAUUGUUGAUAUACUGUUUGUCAAAGAUCUGGCCUUUGUUGAUCCAGAUGAUUGCACCCCGUUAAAAACCAUCACUCAGUUCUACAAGCACCCCCUGCACUGUGUCUUUAACGACACCAAACUGGAUGCAAUGCUGGAACAAUUCAAGAAAGGGAAAUCUCAUUUGGCUAUCGUGCAGAGGGUCAAUAAUGAAGGAGAAGGAGAUCCUUUCUACGAAGUCAUGGGCAUCGUCACACUAGAAGACGUCAUCGAGGAAAUCAUCAAGUCUGAGAUUGUGGAUGAAACGGACCUCUACACUGAUAACCGUACCAAGAGGAGAGUGUCUCACCAUGAGAGGAAACAGCAAGAUUUCUCCAUAUUUAAACUGUCAGAGAGUGAAAUGAAGGUCAAAGUUUCACCGCAGCUUCUGCUGGCGACACAUCGCUUUCUAGCAACAGAAGUAGAGCCUUUUAAGGCAACGCAUCUCUCAGAGAAGAUCCUCCUGCGGUUGAUAAAGCACCCGAGCGUGGUGCAGGAACUCAAGUUUGAUGAGAAAAACAAGCGAUCACCAAAGCACUACCUCUUCCAGCGCAACAAGCCUGUGGAUUAUUUCGUCCUCGUAUUGCAGGGUCGAGUGGAGGUAGAGAUCGGUAAAGAGGGACUAAAGUUUGAAAACGGACCAUUCACAUACUACGGCUUACCUGCUAUCAUGACCAUCCUACCCACAGUCCACAGAUCACCGUCCCGGAGCAGUGGACUCAAUCAUUCUGAUACUACAAUCCACGGAGGCAGUCUGGGUCAACUGAGCAUCAGUGGAGGACCGUAUUUACCAGACUAUUCAGUUCGCCAGCUCACAGACCUACAGAUCAUUAAGAUCACUCGUAACCAUUAUCAGAAUGCCCUGACAGCUACACGCAUGGACAGCUCUCCGCAAACACCCGACGCAGACAGCCAAGCGCCUGGGGAGAGAAUGACAAUCCCUGAGACACGUUCCAACAGCAUCGCCCUUCCUCUGACAGAACCACGGCCCUGUCUGACCCGAUUCCACCAGCACAGCCACCUCUACAGACAGCCAGACAGCACCACCACCCUUAAUGAGAGGAACCGCAUUGUCCGAAGUAAAUCAGAUGGACAGAAGAGCCCCAGUGAUUCUGUGUUCCUGCGUAUGGAUGACACCCCAUAUAUAAGAGACAAUCGUGUGGAGAGAAAAGAAGGAACUGAUGCGACGGCCGUACCCAUGGAGACGGACCUGUCUACAUCCCAGCUCAUCAGCUCUCACUCUCUGGGCGGCUCGGAUGAGAACCUGGGGAAAAAACUGCUCCGGAAACUCAGCAACAAAAAAAGAAAGAAGUCUCGUGAUGGAGAUAAACCUUUGGAAGACAAUCCUGAACAAUCACAGGUGAAGACCUAGCAUUCAUUGUACGGGUUUGCUUCCCUCUUGCUCUCUCACCUGCUUCUCCCACAAAUGUGAAAUCUUCUCCAGCCUUCCUCUGGAUCUUGAGUGAGAGAAAGCACAACCCAGUGUACAAUGAGACCACCACACCAGAUGUAGCAUCAGAAAACCUUGCCUUCAGCAUUGCGGCGGGCUGAGGAAUAUACUGUUACGGCAAACCUGAAAUAUACAACAUGCAGCAAGACACAUGUUUUGUAAUUGACGAGAUGCCACAUAACCAUUGAUAUACUACAAUCUUGAUGGCAGUUUGUGAUGAUGUCAUCUCCAGUCACUGUGGUAAUGACAUUCUGACCUCUGACCCCGGGCAAAGCCAGCAAGCACAAGCCUGGAGAACUGAAGCCAAACAUUCAACCAUGAGAGGGCAGAACCUUUAGUACGUCACAAAACGUGGUCAUCUUUCAGUUGAAACAAAGUGUUUAUAGUGUGAUUUUAUAUCAUGUUAAGUGAGAGGUAUUUGUCAGGCUGUGCCUGGAACUUAAUCAAAAUAUCAGAGCACUUUGAGACAGAUAAGACCCAUUUAUUUCAUAUUCUGUUGAAUAGCUGAGGUGUUGACAGAGAAAAAAAUACCUAUAUUAGGUAAGAGCUGUCAGAAUUUUUUUUUCUGUUUUUUUUUUUUUUUUUUUUCUAUGUUGAUUUUAUAUCAUUUUUGCACUUCUGUUUGACUGAGAGCACAGGGUACAAUAAGAUAUGGCUUUUUUUUCCUUUAAGCUAUUUUAGGCCAUAUUCAAUAGUUUUUAAAAAUAGUAAGAGAUACCAGUGCUAAUGGUCCAAGCACAUGUAUUUGACAAUAGAUUUAUUUGUUUAAAAAUAAUAACAUUUAUUAUACGGCAUGCUUUUCUCAAACAGCAGUGUUAUUAUUGUUAUAAUUAGAACAGCAUUGUGUUUACUGUAUGAAAAAUAGAUAUUUAGGAUAUGCGCAAGCCAUAACUUGAACAAACUUGAAGCAUUGAUACUAAAAUGUCACCUCAGAUAUAUACAUAUAUAUCUAUAUAUCUAUAUAAAUCAUAAGCAAUAUCCAAAACAUGCAAGAAGCCAAUAGUAUUUUUGUUUUGAGCCCUUUUGAAACUAAAAAUGUUAGAAUACUUAGUACUGCAACAUGCUGAAAAUCUCACCCAUGUUUGUUUUCAUAAGCAUGCUGCUCUUUGAGCUUCAUACUCCUGUAAAUUAUGGCAUUCAUACUACCGUUCAAAAGUUUGGGGUCAGUAAGUUAUUUUAGCGCAACUUUUUUCAACACUGAGCAUGUAGCUUUAUGCUGAAAAUGUAGCUUUGUAUCACAGGAAUAAAUUACAUUUUGAAAUAUAUUUACAGAGAAAAUGGUUAUCUUCAUUUGUAAUAAUAUAAGAGAUUUUUCAUAAGCAAAAAAUCUUACUGACCUCAAACAUUUGCCCCAAAUAUCAGAAGAAUAUCUGAGCUGCCAUAACUGGUUCACUGCCAUGACUUUCCCAGCAUGCCGUGCUCAUGACAAACUAACCAAUCAGCUCAUCCCUGCCAACAACAGGUCACAUGAUUACAUUAUGCCAGGGGAUUACACAUAGGAUGUGUUUUGCAUGAAAGGCUGUUUUAUACUGAGUAUGUCAAGUUAAUACCUCUCCCCUGCAUGCAUGCAGCAGACACUGGUGACACAUAGAGACUUUUUGCCUCUAUGCUAACAGUGACCUAUGACACCACCAGGGAGUCGAACACAGAAAGCACAAAGACUCAGGCUGGAAACCACUGGAUGUCUGUUUCUUUCCCCUUGAUAUUUAUUCCUAAUAUUUAAUAGCAAUAACCGAGCUAGCCCCUUUUAUAAAGUUGCUUUGCAUCUUGAUGAUCUGGAGUGAACUGAACGUGCCUGCUUGCUUUUAGGCCACAUGGACACUUUGUGUUGUGCAAUACUGUGAGCUAAAACCGCUGUACAGAGAGCACAUGCUGACAGAGAGAAAGAAAGAAAAGGGGGCAGCACUUUUUACGUCACGCUGCUGCAUUGCAGGGUGGGCCGAAUGACGCAUGCUGACGUCUGGAUCGACCGUUCAAACAAACACAUGCACUGAUUGACUCAGCUGCUUUAGACAAGACAUCCACUGAAACGACACAUUCAAUGACGUGUAUAUUUAAGCCUUAAAUUGUGGGUAUUUGCUAAAGAUGUUUAGAAAAUCCUCUGCUGCUUUUGCUCUCUGCACAGUGGGUUGGCCGAAGGAUAUAUAACGAUAUAUGUUUUUACAGAGUUUACAAAGACUUCUAUUUGAGAACACCUUAUGGAUUGUGUAUGACUUUACAAAAAAAUAUGAUGCUCUGAUUAUAUAAGGACAUAUAUAUAAAGAGAAUAUCAAAUGUUCUAUUACGUCUUGAUGUGGUAUUUUAGAAUGAAAAGUACCACCAGCCUCCCAAUAAAUGAAGA